GUUUCCUCUUCCUCCUCGCGGCGUCUCUUCCUUUUAUAGUGAUUUCUCGCCUGGCACUCGCCCGGGCCGCUGCUGGGGCUGCUGUGGCCGCGGCGGGGCCGCUCGAAAACCUGUGGCGGUGACGUGAGACCCGCCAACCCGGAAACGACGGCGGCAGCAGCACCCGAAGCCCAGGCUCCUGCGCUCCAGCGCCCGCGGCCGCGCUCCCGUCUCCGCUCGCCCGGCCGCCAGGAGAAGAAACUAAGGCCUGGGGUUUGAGUCAUUCGUUCAAGGUUACAGAGUUGGCACUUCUGUAAUCCUAUGAGUUUUUACUGACAUAAACGUCUGAGAAGAGCAAACUUCUUUGGAUAGAGGGACGAGAACAGAAUCACCAGCACUGGCUGAAGGUUUGCUGGCAUGGGUAAUCUCAUUAAGGUGCUAACCAGGGACAUAGACCACAAUGCAGCACAUUUUUUCUUGGACUUUGAAAAUGCCCAGCCUACAGAGUCUGAGAAGGAAAUUUAUAAUCAGGUGAAUGUAGUAUUAAAAGAUGCAGAAGGCAUCUUGGAGGACUUGCAGUCAUACAGAGGAGCCGGCCAUGAAAUACGAGAGGCCAUCCAGCAUCCAGCUGACGAGAAGUUACAAGAGAAGGCAUGGGGUGCUGUUGUCCCACUAGUAGGCAAAUUAAAGAAAUUUUAUGAAUUUUCUCAGAGGUUAGAAGCAGCAUUACGAGGCCUUCUGGGAGCCUUGACAAGCACUCCAUACUCUCCCACCCAGCACCUAGAGCGAGAGCAGGCUCUUGCUAAGCAGUUCGCAGAAAUCCUUCAUUUCACACUCCGGUUUGAUGAACUCAAGAUGACAAACCCUGCCAUACAGAAUGACUUCAGCUACUACAGGAGAACACUGAGCCGGAUGAGGAUUAACAAUGUUCCAGCAGAAGGGGAAAAUGAAGUAAAUAAUGAAUUGGCAAAUCGGAUGUCUUUGUUUUAUGCUGAGGCAACCCCAAUGCUGAAAACCUUAAGUGAUGCCACGACAAAGUUCGUAUCAGAGAAUAAAAAUUUACCAAUAGAAAACACCACCGAUUGUCUAAGCACCAUGGCGAGUGUGUGCAGAGUCAUGCUGGAAACACCGGAAUACAGAAGCAGAUUUACAAGUGAAGACACAGUGUCAUUCUGCUUGAGGGUAAUGGUGGGCGUCAUAAUACUCUACGACCAUGUACAUCCAGUGGGAGCAUUUGCCAAAACUUCAAAGAUUGAUAUGAAAGGUUGUAUCAAAGUUCUAAAGGACCAGCCUCCUAAUAGUGUAGAAGGUCUUCUCAAUGCUCUCAGGUACACAACAAAACAUUUGAAUGAUGAGACUACCUCGAAGCAAAUUAAAUCCAUGCUGCAAUAACACUUCUGGAAUGAGCACCUGCUGUAGAUGGAAGACAGUAUUCUGCAGUGGCCGAGAAUGCAUUUUUUAGUGAUUGCAAUUCCUUUCUCAUUUACUCUCGCUUUUUAUUCCUUUCCUCUGUUCCUCUUCCCUCUUUUUAAAUCAUGUUCUUGUUCUUAAGACUUCUUUUCUGUGCCAAAAUCAGUAAAGUUAUACUCUGAAGGGGCAUUGUCCUUUCAAACUGGCCAUCUAAGGCAGCUAAUUAUGCAUUGCAUUGGGGUCUCUACUGAGAAAAAUUCUGUGACUUGAACUAAAUAUUUUUAAAUGUGGAUUUUUUUUUGAAAACUAAUAUUUAAUAUUGCUUCUCCUGCAUGGCAAAACUGCCUAUUCUGCUAUUUAAAAACCCUCAACGACUUUAUUUUCUACUGCCGCUUUUUUCAUGUUCAGCCAAAAUGAAAAUGUUUAAAUUAACUGUGUUGUACAAAUGGUACCCAACACAAACUUUUUUUAAAUUAGUAAGACUUUUGUUUAAAGUUUUAAGUUUGCAUUUUGACUUUUUUGUAAGGAUGUAUGUUGUGUGUUUAACCUUUAUUAACUAACGUUAAAAACUGUGAUGUGUGCGUAGGGUAUUACGUAUGCAUGUUCAUGUUUAAAGAAUGGCU